ACCCACGGGCCCACAUUUCAAAUCCUCAAAAGCCCAUCAAAACCCAACCAACCAAACCAAACCAAACCGUCGGUCGAACAAACAAACAACCAGCUCAGUUCAGAGAGAGAGAGAAAACAACAAUGGCCGGUGGUGGUGGUGGUGGUAGCGGUGGUUCAUUAGCAGGUUUACAAGAUCAUGUCAAGUUAGCAAGAGAUUACGCUCUUGAGGGUCUCUAUGAUACUUCUAUCAUCUUCUUUGAUGGUGCUAUUGCACAAAUCAACAGGCAUCUAAACAGUGUUGAUGAUCCUUUAAUUCGUGCAAAAUGGAUGAAUGUUAAGAAAGCUCUUUCGGAGGAAACUGAAGUAGUAAAGCAACUGGAUGCAGAUAAAAGGGCGUUUAAAGAUAACCCUAUUGGAAGACGCCCUCCGUCGCCUCCAAUUUCUACAAAAUCUUCGUUUGUUUUUCAGCCAUUAGAUGAGUAUCCUACUUCAUCUAAUUCUUCCUUCGAUGAUCCCGACGUGUGGAGGCCACCUAGUAGAGAUACUAGUAGAAGACCCGGAAGGGGUGGUCAAGUCGGUACUCGCAAAUCUAAUCAAGAUAGUAAAUGGGCUCGAGGUGCUACAACAAAGACAACAAGUACCACUGGCCGUGGCGCAAAGGCUGGUGGUGCUACUAGCAGGACUAACUCAGGGGCCCGAGGAUCAACUCCGGUAAAGAAAGGUGGUGCAUCUGGAAAGUCUAGCAACACAGAUGCAGUUAAUGGUGAUGGUGAAGAUGGGAAGUCAAAUAAGAGAAUAUACGAAGGUCCUGACCCUGAAUUGGCUGAAAUGCUUGAAAGGGAUGUGUUAGAAACCUCUCCUGGAGUGAGAUGGGAUGACGUUGCAGGUCUUACUGAAGCAAAAAGACUUCUAGAAGAAGCCGUUGUGCUUCCCUUAUGGAUGCCUGAAUAUUUCCAGGGAAUUAGAAGACCUUGGAAAGGUGUCCUUAUGUUUGGUCCUCCUGGAACUGGAAAGACACUUCUUGCUAAAGCAGUUGCCACUGAAUGUGGGACAACGUUCUUUAAUGUUUCUUCUGCUACUUUAGCUUCUAAAUGGCGUGGAGAAAGUGAGCGAAUGGUGCGGUGCUUGUUUGAUCUUGCAAGAGCUUAUGCACCAAGUACAAUUUUCAUUGAUGAAAUUGAUUCCCUAUGCAACGCUAGGGGGGCUUCUGGAGAGCAUGAAUCAUCUAGAAGGGUGAAGUCUGAACUUCUAGUUCAGGUUGAUGGUGUAAGCAACAGUGCAACAAAUGAAGAUGGUAGCCGAAAACUAGUAAUGGUCUUGGCAGCUACUAACUUCCCAUGGGACAUAGAUGAGGCACUAAGGAGAAGGCUGGAAAAGAGAAUAUAUAUUCCUCUUCCAAAUUUUGAGAGUCGUAAAGAGUUGAUCCGGAUAAAUCUGAAGACCGUUGAGGUGGCCGCUGAUGUCAACAUAGAUGAAGUGGCUCGCCGGACUGAUGGCUAUAGUGGAGAUGAUUUGACAAACGUCUGUCGCGAUGCUUCCUUGAAUGGAAUGAGGCGGAAGAUAGCAGGAAAGACUCGUGAUGAAAUUAAGAGUAUGUCUAAGGAUGAGAUUUCGAAGGAUCCUGUUGCCAUGUGUGAUUUUGAAGAAGCAUUGGUAAAAGUCCAACGAAGUGUUUCUCCGGCUGAUAUUGAACGCCACGAGAAGUGGUUUCAUGAAUUUGGAUCAGCAUAAAGACACACCAAUGGUAGUGUUAGUUUUAUUUAUACUACCACUUUGGUUCUCUGUUGUGUGGAUGAGUUGUCUGUAUUGUUUGUUGAUAUUUGACUUGUUUUUUCUGACAAGUUUCAAUGUUGUUUGAUGGUGUUGGAGGGUUUUCAAUUGUUAAUUUGUAUCUGUGACUAUUGAGUAUUGAUGUAAUGUAAUCUAAUAUGAUUUUAAAGCUGUUACUCUCUCAUUAUGCA